GCCCACCCUUGACGGCCGUCACAUAGCUCACAAGCAGCAUGGCUAUGCAUCUGUGGUUGGUCACCCUGACCCUGGUUCCCCUCCUUGGCAUGGACAGGGAACUGUCGGUGUCAGCUGGGAGCCUUGUCUUCCCCAGAAUGCCCUUCUGUGAGCACAUGGCCGAGUUUCCAAACUGUCCCUCUACACCUAACCUGAUCUGUGGCACGGAUGGACUCACAUAUGAAAAUGAAUGCCACCUCUGCCUGACUCGGAUGAAAACCAUGAAGGACAUUCAAAUCAUGAAGGAUGGCCAAUGCUGAGCCCAGAGGUGCACUCAAGCCAUGAAACUUCAUGCUGGAGAACAGUGAUGCUCCAGAGGCUAUGACAUGAAAUAAAAGACGCAGCCCAAGCUA